AUGACCGACAUCAACGCCCCAGUAGAGACGUUUGCGUCUGGACGCUACUCGAAGCGCAAGAGAACCCAGGUCACAUACCAUCUCGAUGAUCUAGACUACUCAGAAUCCGAAUCCGACUUUGACACACCACAGGCAAAGAAGCGAACAGCCAAGGCAAGCUCCAGACCACUUCCCAAACGCAAAAUCUUCCCCUUCAUGGAGCUUCCUGCAGAGAUCAGGAACAUGAUCUAUGAGUACACUCUUACCGAUCCUGCUGGUAUCAACCUUGUCGGCACGUUCAAGCACAAGCGCCGUACUGUCGAACGCAUCUCAGCCAAGUGCCAGGCGAGCAUAUCACACGACGGAACUUGGUCAGACGCACUUCCUAUGAACGACAAUAUUAGAAGUCAACACGAACAACCGGCCGCUCUUGUCCCGUCGCUCCUUGCUGUGAGCAAGCAAAUCCACCAAGAGUGUAUCGAUAUUCUGUAUGGCAAGAACGAAUUCAUAUUCAACAAUAGCUUCGCCUUGUACAGCUUCUUAAUCAACCUUGGUCCUAGAGGCGCCAAACAUCUUAAGACUCUCCGCAUUCGAGGUUGGCUUUAUGGUCGUGCAAUGAAAGGAUACAAUCACUCCUGUUUCGCGGCCCUGGUCUGGGCUACCAAUAUCACCGCCUUCCAUAUUGAUGCGAGUAUCGGUUGGUAUCGAGCGUCCAAGUAUGGAGCUGAGCAACUCUACCGGGACGCAUUCCCAUGGAUGGAAGCUGUUGGUUUAGCACAAGGCAAAGUCGAUGCUGUAGUCGAUAUCAUAAAGUUCGGCGAGGAUCAUUUCGACGUCCUUCAAAAUUCUUAUCGUCAUUCAUCUAGCGCCAUGUCCAACGAACAGAAGCAUCAAGAAUUUACGGCAGCAUUAAGGAAGUCUCUUGGUGCACAACAGAAGCGGAUUAUGGCGCCUGCGGUCAAGAAGAUCAAAGCCACCAAAAAAGCGGUGGCAGACGAGCAGUGA